AUGGGAUACACCGCUUCCGUCAUUGAAGUCCCCUUAGAGCGACGUCGCAGCCAUAAAGAAACCCGCAACUACUCGCCGGAUUCUCGUGCGCCAAGUGACCGUCGGAAUCGCAGUUAUCGUCGCAGCCCAGACUAUUCAAGGUACGAUGAUGAGUUCAAUCGUCCGGGUAACCGUCGUUCCCCCGAUUAUUCAAAAUCGAGGAAUCGUAAUCGCAGUAUUAGCCGUAGCCGGAGUCGCAGCCCAGACUAUAGCAGGUACGAUAAUCAAAAUAGUUAUCGCCGCAAUCAUCGUUCCCCUGAUUAUCCUAGAUCUAAAAGAAGCCCUAGCCCUAGAAUCAAAACCAUGAAUACGAACAUGAAACCUUAUUACGGUGACCAAAAGAAACAGUAUCUUGAUCGUGAUAACCUGAACGGGAACGGGAACGGAGCGGAGUCUGAAUCCGAUGAAGAGUUAAAAGGAGCCAGUUAUGAAGAUUACCGGAGGCUAAAACGUCAAAAGUUAAGGAAAAUGUUGAGGAAUUGUAUAUGGAACAUCACACCUAGUCCUCCAAGGCGCGAUGACGAUCCCGAUGAGCUUGAACCUGAGGAAAUUGCAGAGAAGGAUGCUGAAGAAGAUAAUGAAAAGUACAAGGAUACAAAGUCUGAGUUAGAUUCAAAGGAGAGGAGCCAUUCAUCCGAGUCUGAAUCAGAAUCAGAGGACUCGGAAUCUGAUUCAGAUGAUUCCAGAUCGAGGAGGAGGAAGAAGAGCAAGCGUUCAAGUUCUAGGCGUAAGCGGAGAAGCAGGAAAUCAGUAUCCGUGAGUGAGAGCGAAUCAGAUGAAUCCACUGAUGAUUCUGAAGAGGAAGAUAGGAGGAAGAAGAAAAAGAAGCAGAAGAGGAAAUCCACCAAACGAAAGAGCAGCAGCAGGAGAAAUAGUAAGAGAAAGAGAAGAAGUACAUCAAGAAAAAGCAAAGAUAGUGAUUCUGAAGAAAGCAGCGAAAGUAAUGGAGAAGAGGGAUCAUCAAAGGCUAAAAGAAGUCGUUCUUCUUCCUCAAGCAAGAAAAGGAGCUUAAAGGGCAGUGACAAUUCAGCAUCAGAUAAGAAUUCAGACUCUGAAGAUGAUGAUAGAAGCAAACUGCAGGUGGAUGAACCAGAGAAAACAGAAGAAGCUGAACGGGAGUUGAUUUUGCUGAAAGAGAUGAUUGAAUCAAGAAAGAAAGCUGGUUUAGAUGAUGAUGAUUAUGAUGAAGAAGCAGAAGUAGGUCCAAUGCCAUUACCAAGAGCUGAAGGGCAUAUCAGCUAUGGAGGUGCACUGAGGCCUGGUGAAGGUGAUGCAAUUGCACAGUAUGUUCAACAAGGAAAACGUAUCCCUCGAAGAGGAGAAGUUGGUCUUUCAGCUGAAGAGAUUAGAAAGAAAACCAAGUUUAUAGUGCUGAAGACAAACGAGCUCUUGCCAUGUUUAACUAUGAAGAAAAGGCAAAACGUGAACAGAAAGUUAUGGCUGAUUUGCAGCGUUUGGUGCAACGUCAUAUUGGAGAAGAAACUGGGCCUUCUCAUGAUCCAUUUGGUGGAACUGGAAGAGUUGCAGAGGAUCCUGCUGAUGCUUGAGAUCACUGACUCCAGUUUUCAAAUCCAAAGGGAGAAAGAACUAAGGAGUCAUUACAGUCUCUUCAAAAAAUUGCCAUUUAUAACUCAAGAAAUUCACAUUUGGCAAUCGGAUUGCCCCACUAGAUGAAUGAUGAAUCUACUUUUUUGAUGAUUCAAGAUGGGUUAAAAGUCAUCUUCGAUGUAGUGUCAUAUUGCACUUUUAAGUAUCUAGUAAAAUUGUGAUUCUUGUUAUAUUUUAUGGAUAGUACUUGUGGCAUACAUUGUGUUGUAGAAAAACAAAAAGACAAUUUAGGGACUGUUUUGU